AUGUCUUUAAAACUCUUUACAUUCAAUGUCAAACAAUUCGAGAAGGAAUUGGAUCAACACUAUUUUACUUCUCUUUUAAAUACCUACAUUGAAACCGAAGAGGAGAAGGCAAAAAUUAGAAAAUAUCGUUUUAAUAUGGAUCAAUAUAGAACAUUGAUGGGAAAGGUAUUGAUGAGAUAUUAUUUAAUGAGAAAGAAUGGAAUUUCCGAUCUUCAAUUAAACAAUAAUACGAAGCUACAUGAUGAUUCUUUUUCAAAAUUAUUUCAAAUCAAAGCAAGCCAAUAUGGAAAACCGUUUUUAAAGAUGAAGAAUGGAAAUAGUUCGUUGGAUUUUAAUAUUUCUCAUUCUGGAAAUUGGGUUGUCUUUGGUUAUAUAAAUUGUAAGAAUGAAACUCCUAAAGUGAUUGGUAUUGAUAUUGAAGAGAUUCAUGUCAGAAAUACGAAACUGGAUGUCAAAUGGAAACACUACUUGACUGAAUUCUUUGAUUUGAUGAAAUCAUGUUUUACUUCCUAUGAAUGGUCUUCAAUAUUAUUUCCGUGUUUACAAUUAGAAGGUAGAGAAAUCUCCACAAGUCACUUUGAUUUUGACCAAGCAUUAUCAAGUGUUGAAAAGUGUAAUGAUGAUCUAAUUCGAGAGAAUAUGAUUGAACGAUUCUUUAUACAUUGGACUCUCAAGGAGUCCUUUAUAAAGGCAGUCGGAAUGGGUGUGUCAUUUGGAGAGCUAACAAGAAUUGAAUUUAGAUUUAUCAAUCAAGGCACUUUUAUCCAAGAUCAAUGUUUGAAUUUAGAACCAAGCAGUUUGUUCUCGAAUAUCUCUCUUAGCGAGUUCACAAGCCCAGAGAAGAAGAUUAAACUUUUUAUUGAUGGAGAGGACAAUAGUUCGGAAUGGGAUUUUAUUGUCAUUCGAAAUUUGACACCUGGUCACAUGAUGAGUUUGGCAAUGGGUCAUGUAUCUUCCAAACACAUUCCUUUUGAACAAAAGCUAGAGUUACGAAAUAAUUAUGUUGUACCUAACAAUACUGACUUGGAGAAUGAAACAACGUCGGUGCAAAUACAUGAUUGCCAAUUGAGUGAAUUUGUUACAGAACAUACUCUCUGA